UCCUAUUGAACUUCCUGUCAACACACACACACAACGUAAACGCAGAUGGUAAAAGAAGAGUGUCCUCGUUUACAUGAACAAAUGAUUGAGAUAUGGACUUCUGCUGUACAAAUGUAAAGCUACAGCAGAACAUGGUGAGCAGUUUCCUCUGAUACUGGGAAUCCCCACGAAUCUACAUUUGACAUUUCAAAACAUCAUUCAGAGUGAAGAAGUAGCCAUGGAUCUCAGUGAGGAGGAGUUGGCCCCUCUGGUGAUCAGAGACCGGGGAGGUAGCCAGAGGUCCAGUUCUAGCACCGGUCCCAGUUUACAAGUUCACCUCUACUUCUUCCCAACCACAAAGGAAGCAACAACAAUACAUAUUUCAUCUGGCCAAAUCUCUGCUGAAAAUGUCUGCAUCCAAGCAGGCAUAAAAUGUGGAAUCUUACCAGUGUACCAAAGUCUUUUUGGUUUGGCAUCUGCCGAUCUCUCAUUUUGGUAUCCUCCAUCACACAUGUUCAACACAGAAGAAAACUUACAAGUACACUUUAGAGUGAGGUUUUUCUUUGGCAACUGGUUUGGACAAGGGCCGAGAACAUCGUAUCGCUACAGUCUGACCCAAGACAGAAUGAGUCCGGUGCUUGACUACAGUGCUAUUGAUUACCUUUUUGCUCAGUUGCGAAGCGACUUUAUUGCCAGUGAAGCAGGAGUGUCUCCACCUUUGAGCGCCCAAGAGGAGUGCCUCGGCCUUGCAGUGCUGGACUUGUGGAGAAUGGCUAAAGAGCGCCAUCAGAGUGUAAGAGAGCUCUGCAAGACUGUCAGCUACAAAUCGUGCCUUCCUAAGUCACAUCGCCAUGAAAUCCAGAAACGAAACCGCCUGGAUCGUUAUCGCAUACGAAACACCCUCAAGCGUUUCUUAAAGAAGCUUGGCAACUGCUCAGUAGAUGAGUACAGCUUGAAGCUCAAAUACCUGAUUGAACUGGCUGGCAUUGAACCUUCACUAGGAACCGAAACAUUCCAAGUGAAUUCUUCUUCCUCCCAUUUGAAGGCAACUUUCUCCCUUGUGCGGGUCACUGGGGAAACUGGAAUUCAAACAAGUGAAAGUUGUCAUCCUGAUGGUGCUGAGUGGCAGACCUUCUGUGAUUUUAAAGAAAUCAUCGACAUCAGUAUAAAAAGGUUAAGCCAUGAGCAGGUUCUUCAAGACAGCAGGAUGGUAACCAUAACCCGCAAAGAUGACAUUUGCUUGGAAGCCAAGUUUCAGAGUCUCAAGGAAGCACUUUCAUUUGUGUCACUUGUUGACGGCUACUUCAGACUGACAACAGACUCUAGCCACUACUUCAUUCAAGACAUUGCUCCUCCAAGUCUUCUGGAGGGGUUAAAAAACCAUUGUCACGGCCCAAUCAUAUCAGAGUUUGCAGUGAACAAGCUGAAAAAGUCAGGAUUUAAAGGUGGUACGUUCCUUCUGCGACAAAGUCCCAAGAACUAUGACAACUUCUUCCUCACUGUUUGUGUUCAGACUCCACUUGGACUUGAUUAUAAAGACUGUCUCAUUAUCAAGAAUGAGCAGUACAGUCUUCCUGGUGUCCAGAAAUUAUUUUCCAGUUUGAAAGCACUCACCAGCCAUUACCAACACAACAAGCUGCUACUGGCUGAAGUACCUGUCAUGUUGGACCGCUGCUGUCCACCCCGACCCAAAGAGCUCACAAAUAUGAUCAUCAUACGCAACAGCAGCUCUGUAGAAGCUCAAGGGUCCCCAACACCUGAAAGGAACAAAUUCAGUCACAUCCAGUUCCACAUGAUCAGAUAUGGAGACCUGGAAUGGGGUGAAAGCCUCGGAAAGGGAUCCUUUACUCUAAUUUUCAAAGGCUACAAAAAAGACAUCCAUGAUGGGGAGAAACAUGUCACAGAAGUGUUCCUGAAAGAGCUUGAUGUUGUUCACAAAAACUGCUGGGAGUCAUUUUUUGAAGCUGCCAGCUUGAUGAGUCAGAUUUCACACAAACACCUACUCCAUGUAUAUGGCGUCAGUGUUCAUGGUGUAAAAAACAUCAUGGUGCAGGAGUUUGUCGAGUAUGGUGCCCUUGACCUUUACUUGAAGAGAGGGAAAUCUGUGUCAGUGAGCUGGAAACUUGACGUAGCCAAACAGCUUGCGUCUGUCCUAAACUUUCUGGAAGAGAAGAACAUCGUUCAUGGAAAUAUCUGCGCUAAAAAUCUGCUGCUGGCCAGAGAAGGUGACCCGUCGCAGGGCAGCUCUCCUUUCAUCAAGCUGAGUGACCCGGGCAUCUGUGUGGCCAUUCUGGGCAAGAAUGUGAUCCUGGACAGGAUCCCCUGGGUGGCCCCUGAGGUGCUGGAGGCUCCAGAAAACCUGACGCUGGAGUGUGAUAAGUGGAGCUUUGGUGCUACUGUGUGGGAGAUCUUCAACAGUGGGAUCAAUCUGCUGCAAGGCUGGGAUUUAGACCAGAAGCGGAAGUUUUAUGAGAGCGCCCAGCAGCUGCCUCCGUCCCCGUGGACGGAGCUCGCUGAUCUGAUCAGUCAGUGUAUGGACUACCAGGCAGCCUUCAGACCUUCCUGUCGCAGUAUUAUCCGUCAGCUCAACAGUCUGAUCACUUCAGACUAUGUGAUACUACAUGCCACUGACCCCGUCACACAGAGCCCUGUGCUGAGAGCCCUCAGCCCCGCUCAACCAGACCAGGCAUUGUUUGAGGAGAGACACCUACGCUACAUCUCCCUACUGGGAAAAGGAAACUUUGGCAGCGUUGAACUUUGUCGUUAUGACCCGCUGGGUGAUAACACAGGUGAGCUGGUCGCUGUGAAGAAGCUGCAGCCCAACAAGCAGUCAACCCUGGAUGACUUCAAGAAGGAGGUCAAAACCCUCAGUGUUCUUCACUGCGACUACAUCGUCAAAUACAGAGGAGUCUGCUAUAGCAUGGGUCGCCUCAGUAUGAGUUUGGUGAUGGAGUACCUUCCCCACGGCAGCCUUAUUGGCUACUUGGAGAAUAACCGACAUAAAGUCAACACCAGGCGGCUUCUGCUUUUCGCUUCUCAGAUCUGUAAGGGGAUGGAAUACCUGCAGACCCUGCGUUAUGUGCACAGAGACCUCGCAGCCAGAAAUAUCCUUGUGGCCAGUGAGUCGCUGGUGAAGAUCGCUGAUUUUGGGCUGACCAAGAUUAUUCCUUUUGACAAGGAGUACUACCGGGUCACGCAGCCUGGAGAGAGUCCCAUUUUCUGGUAUGCUCCAGAGUCCAUCAGUGAGUCCAGAUUCUCCCCCAAGUCAGACGUCUGGAGUUUCGGAGUCGUUCUUCAUGAGCUUUUCUCCUACUGCAACAUGAACUCCAACCCAAAAAGACUGUGCAUGCAGGAGAUUGGACACAGUGUGCAGGGUCCAUCCAUUUCAAUGCAUUUGGCAAAUAUUCUAAAGACUAACUGGAGGUUGCCGCCUCCUCCAAGCUGCCCACUGAAGGUGUACGGUUUGAUGAAGGAGUGCUGGGCGUAUGACUUCGAGGAGCGGCCAUGUUUCUCCAGCCUGGCAAACGAAAUUGAAACCAUCAUGCAGGACGAGAGAGAAAACCCUAAAGGCUGAUUAGGAGCCUUGUUGCACCUCACUGUUGAACUCAUACUGGAGAGCAACAGUAUGGAAUGGUACAAUUUCAUUGUCAUUUCAUUAUCAUCACAAGUCUCGUCUAGGCAACACCUUAAGCACUCAGGUAAAGCUCUCUUUCCCACUCCUGUAAUGUACAAAGACGCAUUAACAUGUGAGCAGAGGGGAGAGCUUCAUUAACUCCCAGCUGCUGCAUAGGCUAAACAUUGUGUUGUGUAGUAUUGCUUUAGGUAAGAGAGUGUUUGUUUGUUAGUUAGCUUUUAAUCUAUCUAUCUUUAAGUAUUUUGUAAACCAGUGCGAUUUUCAAAGUAGAAGAUGUUGUGGAAACACCUGUUUGGACACAAAAGACAGCAACAUUUAAUAAUAUUUUUUUUGUAUUUUGAAGUACAGUACUUGUAUUUUACAAGUACAGAUUUUGUGGCAACUGCUUUUGUAAAUAUUUGGACAAUAUUUGUCCUUGGAGACUGAAGAUGUUGGAGUCAACAAAGUCUAACAGCAGCAAGACAGCACUUCCUGCUCUGACUAUAUAGUUAAAAUGCUAUGGUAAAGGUUUCAGGUAAAUUAGAUUAAAGUUACUUUAUCUAUCUGGAGACUACUGGAUCACCACAAAGCCAUUUGAUAAACUAAAAAAAAAUAGUAAAAACAAAAUUAUUGUUGUUCAUCUGUGAUAAAGUUUCAACAUUAUCAGUAGUAACAAUUCUCCCAGACACUAUCUUUGUGUCGCAGGUGAUAUUUUUAGACAUUGAGCGCUGCCUGUGUUUGCUUGUAUGUAAAAAUUGAAUUUGUCUUUCCUAAAAUAGAAAGAAUUUAGAAAUGUGUGGUUCACUGCCAUUUUACACUUGUUUUAAAUGUUGUCAUUUAGUUCUGUUGUUUGUCCACAAGAGGGCUCCCCAUUUCCAUGUUCCCUUUAGAAACUGCAAUUACAUGGUACACACAAUCUCACAAGUAUGAAAUCCGAUGAGAUAAAAUAUUCAACAACCAACUACUGUAAUAUCCAUUUCUUACAGGUUUAGUAUCAUUACAUAAAAAAUGUUCCCUGAGUUUGUUUGCACUUGUGGAAGGUUGUCUAAUUUCUAAUAUUUGCUCAAGGUGCAGUAAUAUGCAGAGAAACAUAGUAAGAGGUGUGGGUUACUUGUCCUGUUGACUGUCUGUUGCACAAACAACCUUGUUGAACUUUCACCUCAAUGUAUGUUUUCAGUCAUUUACUACUGCAGUUUUGCAACGUUUUGGCUACAAGAGGGCACCACAGUUCUUUUACACAAACUUUAUCCCUACCAUCCUGCUUUAAAUACAGUGCUUUAAUUUAAGUAAAUACAAGAGAUACAGUAUAAUCUCUAUCAUAUCUAACAAUAUACUACUGGAAGAAUGCUGGAUAGUGCUGUGCUUCCGGACAGAGAACAGCCAAGAACCCACAAGCCUGACGUGUUAGCAAUCAGGUAAAUUGGCAGGACUCAAAACACCAAUCAAUCAGUUAAAAGGCAAAAUUAUAACCGGCAGGGAUCAAUCAGAGAAUCAGAGAGUCCAGGGAAUCAGACAGAUGUUUUCCCAACCUACACUUAUAAUGUUUCAAUGACGUAUUCAAUAUUAAGUACAAUAAUUUGUGUGUUGUUAGUUAAAACCGAUUGUGUUUGUUCAUCGUGUAGCUUACAUGAAGAUAAGACAAAUGUAUGAAUAAAUCAAAUAAAGUAA